GUUUAUUGCAGCACUAUUCACAAUAGCAAAGACUUGGAACCAACCCAAAUGUCCAUCAAUGAUAGACUGGAUUAAGAAAAUAUGGCAGUAAUGUGUGCCAUCCAGGGCUAGAGCAAGCGUGGCCCCACGGCCUGCACAGCCCUGAGCCAUGCUGAGGAGCUGCGCCAGGCGCCUCCGCACGCUGGGGGCCCUUUGCCAGCCGCCACCGGUAGGCAGGCGCCUGCUGGGUAGUGAGCCGCGACCUGCGCUGAGGUCAUUUUCUUCUGAGGAAGUCAUUCUUAAGGACUAUUCUGUCCCCAACCCCAGCUGGAACAAGGACCUAAAACUGCUCUUUGACCAGUUUAUGAAGAAAUGUGAAGACGGCUCCUGGAAACGUUUGCCUUCAUAUAAACCUACACCUACUGAAAGGAUUCAAGACUUUAAAACCCAUUUUCUUGACCCAAAGCUUAUGAAAGAAGAACAAGUGUCACAGGCCCAGCUCUUCACCAGAAGCUUUGAUGAUGGCCUGGGCUUUGAAUACGUGAUGUUCUACAAUGACGUUGAGAAAAGGAUGGUUUGCUUAUUUCAAGGAGUCCCUUACCUAGAAGGACCACCUGGAUUGAUUCAUGGAGGUGCCAUUGCAACCAUGAUUGAUGCUACUGUUGGUAUGUGUGCAAUGAUGGCUGGGGGAAUCGUCAUGACUGCCAAUCUCAACAUCAGUUGUAAAAGACCUAUCCCUCUUUGUUCUGUUGUUACGAUAAAUAGCCAACUUGAUAAAGUUGAAGGAAAGAAAUUUUUUGUUUCCAGUAAUGUUCAGAGUGUUGAUGAGAAGACCCUAUAUUCAGAGGCAACAAGCUUACUUAUAAAGCUGAAUCCUGCUAAAAGUCUGACAUAAAGAGCUGCUGGUGAACUCCAUCUCAUUCUCUCCCCUCCAGAAGAAGCAGUUGUUCCCCGAAUACUCUGCUCCCUCACUGCUGAAUCCCUGUAGGGAGAAGCCUGCCAAGAGUGACCUUCCGAAACAGCCUUCUGAAUACAAGGAGGAUUCAGUUUCCAUCUUCCCAACUUUUUAACACAGAAACACUUCCUGCGAGCAUUUCGACAACUCUCAGUCGCUGUGGCUCAUGCCUAUAAUCCCAGCACUUUAGGAGGCCAAGGCGGGUGGAUUGCCUGAGCUCAGGAGUUCAAGAUCAGUCUGGACAACACGAUGAAACCCCGUCUCUACUAAAAUACAAAAAAUUAGCCGGGCAUGGUGGCGUGCGCCUGUAGUCCCAGCUACUCAGGAGGCUGAGGCAGGAGAAUUGCUUGAACCCGGGAGGCGGAGGUUGCAGUGAACCAAGAUCAUGCCACAUCACUCCAGCCUGGGCAACAGAACGAGAACCCAUCUCAAAACAAAACAAAACAAAAAAAAACUCUGUCUCCUUAGGAUGUGUGACCUGCUCCACUGCGGACUGGAGAAAUAAAUGUGUAUUGAAACUUUUCCUGCAAACUUGAAAAUGCUAGAAAACCAAGCAUGAAGAAUAAAUACAUGGCAGGGAAGACACAGACAUGUGCAUAUGCAUAUACAUUAUAAGUUAGUAAGUUAGAAAGCUAGCUUUGUUGUAUCUGAACACAUGAAUCUUUUUGGUCAGUGUAGGAAGCACAGCCAAAUUCUAUAGGAAUGAAUACCUCAAAUCUGUUGUCUGGGAUUCUAGAGAUUAAACCACUGUGCCAUUUAAAAAAGAAAAAAGAAAAUGUGGCACAUAGACACCAUGGAAUACUAUGCAGCCAUAAAAAAGGAUGAGUUCAUGUCCUUUGUAGGGACAUGGAUGAAGCUGGAAACCAUCAUUCUCAGCAAACUAUUGCAAGGACAAAAAACCAAACACCGCAUGUUCUCACUCAUAGGUGGGAAUUGAACAAUGAGAACACUUGGACACAGGAAGGGGAACAUCACACACCGGGGCCUGUUGUGGGGUGGUGGGAGGGGGGGGAUAGCAUUAGGAGAUACACCUAAUGUAAAUGACGAGUUAAUGGGUGCAGCACACCCACAUGGCACAUGUAUCAUAUGUAACAAACCUGCACAUUUUGCACAUGUACCCUAGAACUUAAAGUAUAAUAAAAAAAAAAAGAAAAAUGAAAAUAUUAUAACCCAGAAAGAUAAAAUAAUAAUCACAUGGGCUGGGCAUGGUGGCUCACGCCUGUAAUCCCAGCACUUUGGGAGGCCGAGGUGGGCAGAUCACAAGGCCAGGAGUUCGAGACCAGCCUGGCCAAUAUGGUGAAACCCCGUCUCUACUAAAAAUACAAAAAUUGGCCGGGCAUGGUGGCACAUGCCUGUAAUCCUAGCUGUUCAGGAGGCUGAGGCAGGAGAAUUGCUUGAACCCAGAAGGCGGAGGUUGCGGUGAGCUGAGAUCAUGCCACUGCACUCCAGCCUGGGGGACAGAGUGCGACUGUCUCAGAAAAAAAAAAAUUAAUAAUAAUAAUAUCAUAUGAACUCCCAGAAAGCAAGAAAUUUGGCUAGAAAUUUUAUCUAUUGUAUUUCCACCAGCUAUUGAGGUUUAAAAAAAAGUUUAAGGGCGGGCACGGUGGCUCAAGCCUGUAACCCCAGCACUUUGGGAGGCCAAGGUGGGUGAAUCACAAGGUCAGGAGUUUGAGACCAGCCUGGCCCAUAUGGUGAAACCCCAUCUCUACUAAAAAUACAAAAAUUUAGCUGGGCAUGGUGGCGUGUGCCUGUAGUCCCAGCUAUUUGGGAGGCUGAGGCAGAAGAAUCAC